AUGGAGCGCGCCGUGGUCCGCUGUGUGCCCUCGGAGCCCAAGCUGAGCUUGUCGUUCGCGCUGGCCGACGGCAGCCAUAAGAACAUGCAGCGCGACCAGAGCGAGCCGCUGGGUCGUGCCCUCAGCCGGAUCGCCACCAACGCCCUCAAGGGCCACGCGAAGGCGGCCGCCACCAAGAAGAGCAGGAAGAACCGUCCGAAUGCGAGCAGCGGCGCGGCCGGUGCAGGGCCUGGGCCUGGGCCUGGGCCUGGGCCUGGGCCUGGGCCUGAGCCUGAGCCGGCCGCGGCCUGCGAGCCGGUGGUGAAGCUGUACUACCGCGAGGAGGCAGUGGCCGAGGACGUGCUCAACGUGGACGCCUGGCAGGACGGCGCGGUGCUGCAGAUCGGCGAUGUCAAGUACAAGGUGGAGCGCAACCCGCCCGCCUUUACCGAGCUGCAGUUGCCGCGCUACCUCAUGGCGGGCUUCCCGGUGUGCCCCAAGCUUAGCCUCGAAUUUGGGGAUCCCUCCGGCUCCGUCUUCCGUUGGUACAAAGAAGCCAAGCCCGGCGGAGCGGAGCCUGAGGGCGGUGGCCCGUCGUCAUCGUCUCCCUCCUCGCCCCCUGGUACUUGGACCGAGACGGGUGUACACGAGCGGGUCUACAUCCCGUCCAAUGCGGACAUCGGGCUACGGCUGAAGCUUCAUUGCACCCCAGGCAAUGGGCAGCGCUUCGGGCCAAGCCGGGAGGUGGAAAGUGGGAGUCCGGUGGAGGCCGGGCCUGGCACCUGCACGUUUGACCACCGGCAUCUCUACACCAAGAAGGUAACGGAUGACGCUCUCAUCCGCACGGUCUCCUACAACAUCCUGGCAGACACGUACGCCCAGACUGAGUUCUCGCGGACUGUCCUGUACCCUUACUGUGCCCCCUACGCCCUGGAGCUCGACUACCGCCAGAACCUGAUCCAGAAGGAACUCACGGGCUACAACGCCGACCUCAUCUGUUUGCAGGAGGUUGACCGCGCGGUGUUUUCUGACAGCUUGGUACCCGCCCUCGAGGCCUUUGGGCUGGGGGGUGUGUUUCGAAUUAAGCAGCACGAAGGACUGGCCACUUUUUACCGAAAGUCUAAGUUCAGCCUCCUUAGUCAGCAUGACAUUUCUUUCCACGAGGCCCUGGAGUCCGAUCCACUUCACAAAGAACUGCUGGAGAAACUAGUUUUGUACCCAUCUGCCCAGGAGAGAGUGUUCCAGAGAUCUUCUGUCCUUCAGGUUUCAGUUCUUCAGUGUACAAAGGAUUCUUCGAAAAAGAUAUGUGUUGCCAAUACCCAUCUUUACUGGCAUCCGAAAG